AUGCUUGCAGCGGCGCUUUCGGCUGGCAUCGCCGCCGGAGUUCUCUUAGCGGUCGCAGUUGCCGUCGUGUGCUUGUACGACGUAAGGAUCCAGCGGCGCGGCGAGGACGGAAAGAUCGCCGCCGUAUGGCGGCGGAGGAAGUGGCCGUCGCCGGCGGGGAAGAGGGCUCCACGGGAUCCGGAGAAGGGUCAGACGAGCGCGAGGGUAGCGGAUGGACCAGACCUCCCCGAAGAGGAGGAGAAGCAGGUGACAGGGGAGGAGGAGACGAAGAAGCCAGAGGAAGAAGACGACGGUCGGCCGGACGCGGCUCUCUCGACUGUGCAAAAGUUCGCGUGGGAGGAGGUGGAGGAGAUGACGGAGAUGUUCUCGACGGCGGUGAUCGGGGAGGGCGGCUUCAGCACCGUCUACCUCGCUCGGCUGGGCGCCGCCGCCGUCUCUUCCGCGGCCCUCGGGGCCGUCAAGGUCCACAGCAGUGGCAGCGGCAGCGAGCGCCUCCAUCGCGCCUUCCGCCAGGAGCUCGAAGUUCUCCUCCGCCUUCGCCACCCCCACAUCGUCCGGCUCCUCGGCUACUGCGACGACAGAGGUAAACCUAAUAAACCUCCCGAUCCAAGAAUUCCCCCAAUUCUCUACAUCUACAAUCUCCCGCCAAAUCUCCAUUCUCCCCUCCCCCGUACUCCCUCGCCCUAAUUCGUCAGGAUCGUCUUCUUCGCCGUUCUUCUGAAAUCCUUCUCCCCUCUUCUGUGAUGCGAAUCUCUCAGAGGAUGGAGCUCUGGUUCUGGAGUACGUCCCCAACGGAACCCUCCACGAGAAGCUUCACGGCGGCGACGGGGCCUUCGUCCUCCCCUGGGCGGCCCGCAUGAGCGUCGCCCUGCAGCUGGCGCAGGCCGUCGAGCACCUCCACGACGGCUGCGGGCUCCCCAUCGUGCACUGCGACCUCAAGGCCUCCAACGUCCUCCUCGACCGCUGCCUCGACUGCAAGCUCUGCGACUUCGGCUCCUCCCUCACCGGCUUUGAGUCGGCGGUGGCCCAGCGGCGUCACCACCCCACGGUGAUGGGGUCACCGGGGUACAUUGACCCUCACUACCUCCGCACCGGCGUCGUCUCCAAGAAAGGCGACGUAUACAGCUUCGGGGUGCUCCUGCUGGAGCUCCUCACCGGCGGCGAGGCUUUCUGCUCCGAGAAGGAGCUGAUGCUCACGGUGGCGGUGGCCGGAGCGCUGCCGGCGGCCGGGGAAGAUGGCCGGAAGAGGGUGCCGGAGCUGGUGGACCCCCGCCUGGGCGCCGCCUACGACGCGGCGGAGGCCGCCGUGGUGGCGGCACUGGCGGCGAGGUGCAUUGCGGAGCAGCCCAGCGUGCGGCCGUCCAUGUCAGAGGUCGCGAGGUCCCUCCGCCGGACGCUGCCGGCCGCUGGCCGCCUGGAGAAGCCGCCGUCGUGA